AAAGUAGGCCAACGGUAACAAAUCCUAAAACUGACCUUGUCUCUGUAUUGUUUCGUGUGGAAUAUUCUUGAUUGUGUAUAUUUUGAAGGCUAAAUUUUGUUAAUUAUCUUUCAAAGUUUCUAUAGGUUUGUUUAUAUUGCUUUUUGAUGAUGGCUUGUGUUUCCUGUUCCAAAUUGAAGCAGUAGAUAAGAAUGAGUGAAUCUACGGAUAGAGUUCUCAGGACCCGAUCUAAAAGCAUUGUGAGACAGAGGAGAAUAUCUACCGAUCAUGUUACUAAUACACAGAUAACUGAAAAAGAAGUGAUUUGGAAGAAAAGCGCUACAUUUGACGAUAGUUCUCGUGUUAUUGGAGAACUAGGAGGAAAUCAUGAAUCAGCUGUUUUUGAAGACAGACUACAUGGUAAUGGAGAUGUGGAGAUAAAUGACAACCUGUUGAAUGAGAAUUUUGUGAGAAAUUUUGAAGAAGAGGAAAGUCCAUGGCAGAAUGGCCAUUAUAAGCCUGUCUCAGAGAUUGUCGCCUAUUACAGAAGUCUAGGGGAUUGGUGGAACGUUCUCCCCAAAACCGACUACACCUACAACCCCAUGUCGAAGUGGUACAGGAAGGAGAUUGCUCCUGGCAUACCCAUGAUACCAAAAUAUGGCCAGACCACCCCUACACCCAUAUACACCUAAGGCAUCGUUUUUUGGAUGGUUCACCAGAGAACAAACAAACACAAGGUCAUCUGCGAGAGAUAACAGUGUGUCAUCCAGAUGUUCGUCAGCUGUUAAGGUUUCGUGGUAUCGUCGGCUGGUGACCACAGUUGUGACAGCUGUCACCACAAUUUGGGUGACUGUCACAAGUGUCACCCACAUCACAGCUGGCAGAACGCACAAUGUGAACGGAAUACAUGCACAACGCCUCAAAGGUCGUCAGCUGUUCCAAGAGUCGAACACCUGGUGGCGACUGCCGUUCGUCUGGUUGUAUAGGCUAAUGAUGAACAUAUUGGCCCUUGACAUUGGAAUCCUAGCGGCUGUCAGGCGGUGUGCCAACAAGCUACGCAGUUCUAGGACGGGAGUCGAACUGGUCACCAUCUUGUUGCUUCUGUUGCCUUUGAUACUGUUUUUCGGUUUCUACCGUGACCAAUUCCCCCACCACAAGUCAUUACUUGUUGACACAGUGGAGAGCAGUAGAUCAUGGAUAUCUUCAUCUCUUUCUGGCAUCUUUGGAUUGAUACCUUCAUCUCUGUCCUACACCUUUGGAUCGGGGAUCUGAGAUGAUAUCGUCAUCUAUUUCUGGCAUAUUUGGAUGGAUACCUUCAUCUCUGUCCAACAUCUUUGGAUCGGGAUAUGAGAUGAUAUCGUCAUCUCUUUUUGGCAUAAUUGGAUGGUUAUCUUCAUCUUUCUCCAACAUCUUUGGAUCUGGAUAUGAGAUGAUAUCGUCAUCUCUUUUUGGCAUAAUUGGAUGGAUAUCUUCAUCUCUGUCCAACACCUUUGGAUGGGGAUAUAUGAUAAUAUCGUCAUCUCUUUCUGGCAUACUUGGAUGGAUAUCUGCAUCUCUUUCUAGCAUCUAUGGAUGGGGAUCUGGGAUGUUUUCUUCAGUGGGUUCAUAUUGGGAGCCAGUCGCAGCGUAGCUGUGAGGCGGGAUAUUUUGAUCUGUUGAUUGAUAGUAUAUCGGCUGGCAUCGUUACAGUGGGACAGUCUGCAUGGCAGUUUGUGCUGUAUUUGUAUAGUUUCCUGCUACUCUUACCAACCCUCCUGCCAUCUCUCCCCUCCACGGCAACCAUUGCAACUGGUUCUGUUGCCAAGAUGGCGGCCACUAAUGACCACUUGCAACCAGCAAUGAGUCGUGAACAGCUGAUUGGUAUCGUACAGGAGGCGGUUCGGAGUACACUCAAACAGGACUCGGCUCAGUUGGUAGAUGUUACUGUACGGAGUGAGAAGUUGAAAGUGUUGCUGGAUCAGGUUAGAGAAAUGGUUUAUUUAUCUAUUUAUUAACUUAUUUAAAAUUAAUUUCAAUACCAAGAAUAAGGUGGGAGGAUGAAGUGAGAGACGAUCUCCAAAAAA